GGACAGAUCAUAAUUAUACUAUUAUAAAAAUAUAAAUAUAUCUGGUUUAUCGGAAUAAAGUUUCAAGUUUGCGAAAUGAAACGUGGGGCUAAUAUCCGCGAUAAAGAUGGCGUGGGAUUCAGUGAUAUAACUGAGGAAUCGAACCCAAAGAGGCAGAAACAAAGGGAUAAAAUUCUUUACAACACUAACCAGCCAUUCAUUCCUCAUCACAUUGGUACUGAUAAUAAUAAUAGUAAUUCUAAAAAUAGCAGUGCUAAAAAUAGCUCAACGACAAAAACCACACCAGAUGUCAGUGCAUCUGGGGACAGGUGUAUAUUAAAUAUUAGGAAAGGUUCUACACCAUCAUCUUUGGAAAUUAAUUCAAAUGAAUUCUCUACAUUGGAUUUGAAACUAACUGAUGAGAUACAAGACUAUUACGCAAAGAAUCGACAGUCCGAGUUAGUUUUCAACAAUAAACGUCGUCUACAACUGGAGUUGUACAACAUCAUCCGAACUGUCAUCCCCGGUUCAAGGCUUUUCAUGUUCGGCUCCUCCCUAAAUGGUACCGGUACUAAUUCUAGUGACCUCGACCUCUGCCUUGUUCUGCACAACGAGAAGAUUGAAGACAAUCAAACCAUCAUUAGCACGUUGUUCGCUGUCAGAAAAAUUCUUCAUAGAUAUAGAGUAUCUAACAACAUUAUUCUGAUCAGGGCUAAGGUGCCCAUAGUCAAAUUUCAAGACAACGUCAGCAAAAUAGAAUGCGACCUGAAUGUUAAUAAUACCGUUGGAAUACGCAAUACGCACUUACUCAGGGCUUAUUCCUCAAUGGACCCCAGAGUGCCUUCUUUACUUAUGUCAGUGAAACGCUGGGCCCGGCUCAAUGACAUCAACAAUGCAUGUCAUUCAACCCUGUCCAGUUAUUGCUUAACCUUAAUGGUGAUCCAUUUUCUGCAAACCUGCCCACCACGGAUACUACCCUCAUUACAGGCUCUCUACCCCGGUAUUUUUAAUCUCAGAGUCGAACUAAGUCGCAUUGACCUCGACGUCAAACUGCCGGCAUUCAACAACAACAACAACGUCUAUAAUAAUAAUAUUAAUAAUGAUAAUAAUAAUAAUAAUAAUGAUAAUGAUGAUAAUAAUACAAUUAGCGUUGGGCAGCUUUUUAUGGAUUUCCUAGAUUAUUAUGGCAAUAAAUUCAAUUUUGAGCGUAACGUCAUUUCCGUGAGGCUGGGGACGACCUUGAUAAAAGCAGAGGUCAUGGAAAAGGUGAAGCCUGAAAAUCAGUGGAAGUUUAUUUCCAUUGAAGAGCCCUUUAGCUUACAGAACGCAGCGCGUAGCGUGCAUGAGGAGGCAAUGUUCGCGAAAAUUCGCCACGUCUUCAGGGAGUCCAGCCAAUUAAUUAAGCGCUACAAAAAUGGAAAAAGAAAAAAUGACGAUGACGUCAAUGGAGAAGAGGAUGAUGAUGAUGAGGGUGAUAAUAGUGGUAGUCUUGGCUCUGGUGAUGUCAUUAAGUCUCUUUUUACGAUUAAACUGCCACCACCUGUCAAACGAUAAGUGUGCUCUACAAAAAGGGCAGAAGAAAUUAGGAUGACGAUGGUGAUGGUAGUGAUGAUGAUGACGAUGAUGGUGAUGAUGGUGACGAUUUACUGUUUGCUCAAUUUUUCCUGCAUGAUUUACAUCCCUUUCUGAUGAUUUUUAUGGUGAAAAUGAUGAUAGUAAUGAUGAUGGUGGCAACAAUAAUUGAAACAUUGAUGAUGAUGAUGGUGGUGAUGAUGAUGAUGAAGGUUAUGAUGAUGAUGAAGGUUAUGAUGAUGAUGAUACUAUUAACGAUACUGCUGCUACUGAUGACGAUGAUGAUGAAUUUGAUGAUGAUAAUAUGAAUGAUGAUGUUAACUUUUCAAUAUAUUUGAUAUUACAGUUAUUGUGAAUACUAAUGAUAAUGCUUCCAUUAUUGUUAAUAAU